CCUGGCGAGGUAUCGGGGUGCGCGUCGAGGCUUCUGCGGACCGACGCGCUGGGUUGCCCUCUGCUCCGCCUCCUCCUCUUCGGCAUGCAGGUUCCGCCGACUCGUCCUGCCGGGCUGCCUGGGUCGCUGCUCCUUCCAGGCCUCUGAACGCCGGGCCAGAGCCGAGCUUCUCUUUGGCCAAGCCAUCGGGGGAAAGCCUCUCCGCUCCCUCCGUUGCUGCCGCAGCAUCAUGUCGACGGCUCGAAGCUGCGACGGCAAGAAAGAGGCGCAGGUGGAAGGCGGCGGCUCGUAUCUAGAGGACGGGCAAUGCGACUCGGGCAUCGGCUCCAUCCGCUCCCUGCACGGCCAGCUGGGCGAAGGCGAGCCGCGAUCGCUGGCAGCCCGGGGGGCUCCCGAUCCGUCGUGCAUUGGCAAAGAGGGAGCCGCGGACGCAGACGAGCGGCUGGAUUCUAGCUACGGCUCCUCGUCCUUCGUCGAGUCCUUAGCGGGGUUGGAAGGAGAGGGCUCUACGCCUGCAAGCGAGGAGCAGGAGGCCGAAGGAGAAGAGGAGGAGAGGCUCAGGCAGGUGCUGGGGUCUUCCUCGUUCCUGUGCGAGGACGGAGACACGUUGCUGCAUUUGGCGAUCAUUCACUGUGUACCCUCUAUAGCACUCAACUUCAUUGCCAUAUUGCCUGUUGAGCUUUUGGAGAUCCAGAACAACUUAUUCCAGACUCCACUUCACUUGUCUGUAUACCUGGAACAGUCCAGAGUGGUGCAAGCACUAGUCCUGAAGGGGGUGAAUACAGCACUGCAAGACCGCAAUGGAAACACCCCACUGCACUUGGCCUGUGAGCAACAGAACCUAGAGUGUGUCCAGCUGCUGCUGCUGCAGGACCCAAUCUUUAACAAGCAUUUGGAAACUAGAAAGAACCUUCAGGAUCUGCAACUGCAGAACUGGCAAGGUUUAUCUUGCCUACACAUCAGCACCAUGAAAGGAAACCUGCAACUGAUGGCAUUGCUGGUGAAGACUGGAGCUAACAUUAAUGUUCAGGAUGGCACAAGUGGAAAGACACCCUUGCACUUGGCAGUGGAAAACCAUGAUGAGAUGGCUGUGAAACAUCUUCUGCGAAUGGGGGCCCAGGUGGAUGCCCAGAUGUACAAUGGUUGUACCCCACUGCACCUGGCUGUAGGCAGGAAAGAUGCUGCCAUUGCGGCCAUCCUCUGCCAUUCAGGGGCAGACACCUUGUUGCGGAAUAUGGAGGAUGAGACGGCCCAAGACCUGGCUGAUGACGACGAUGAUAUUCUUACCCUUUUGCCUUUUGAUGACCUGAAGAUCUCAGGAAAACCUGUGGUGUGCUCCAGCUGAGCAUCCUAAGACUUGAAUUGGCUAGUUUAGCUUUGGGAGAUGGACCAAAAUGCCUCUGCUUCUGGUUGACAGGUGCAGAACUGACUGCAACUAAAUCAUUUCCCCCAUUGUAAAGUGAGCCUUUGUGCUUGUUCAGACACUUUUGAUGGUGUGCAAGACUGUGGGAGCUAUUGCAGGAGGGCAACUUGUAUGUUGAUUUUCAUGGCUGGAUGGUAACAUGGAAUUGCCUCCUUUUGGAGAGACUGAGCUCACAAAGGCGGGGCCUAUGCUUACUCUCCCAGCUUUGUCUAAAACAGAAGAAGAUGACUUUGUUUUUUCCAGACUACACUGUGACUAGAGACAGUGUAUUAGCCCACAUUCUUUUUCCUCCGCUCCCUCCUCCUCCUCCCACAAGUCUGUGCUAGGGGGUUUUCUGCCUCCAGUCUGCUAGAGUGAUUUCUAUUUUAAAGAUGUUUUCUUUCCACACAGACCAUUUCCUGAUCUGCCUGCAGUUGCUCAGACUUUGUACACUUCAUUCAGUAGCCCCUCCAGGCUGCCUUGUCACACCGGGUUUUGCGGUAUCCAGAUGCAAAAUUGCCCCACUUCUUACUUUUGCUCUACCUGUUGCCUCCCAUGGAGUAUAAACCUUGCAAAGGAGUCAGUUGGACCAGAAUGUGUCUUUAAAGCCACACAGCUGCCUCUUGGUUAAACAGAACUUGCAGGUGAUGCUCAUGGGGACAAAUGCAAUCUCAGUUGCCUUUGCCUCAGAAUAACUGCUGUUCUUGAGACCAAACUAAGGGCAUCUCUGCUCUUUUUUCAGCUUUGUUCUGAUUGGGCAGUUGUUACUACCAGUUGGGGAAGUGUUAAUUUAUUUAACUGUUCUGCUGUAAAUAUCAUUUAAGAGCACAGUUUUAAGCUGGCAGCACAGGUCUGUCUGAGGGAAGCAUGAUAUUUACAUGCUCCCAUGAAUAGCUGCUGUGCAGUUGGACUUUCAAAGGGGAAGUGUGCAAGAGGAGCAAAAUCUUUUUAACUUUUCACAAGUCUAGAGAGCCAAGUUUAAAAUGUGCUGCCACAAGGCAGCUGUAGGUGGCAGCACACUCAAAAUGUGGGAAAGAGCAAAGACGCCUGGACACUCAUUGGAUGAGGCCAAUAGAUUCCAUCUUAAAUUCAGCACUGUAAAAUGCCAGGAAAUUAGGAAGUAGAGAACAGUUCUAGUGCUUGGUGCAGCAUCUCCCCUGGGGGGCGAUAAAAGCUGGGAAAGUGGCCCCUGACAAAAGUCUUCCCACACUUCUGCUGCAAAGCUUAUAUUCCAGAAAAAAACAACCAUGUGCAAGCUGGGACACCGAUAAGAUCUUGAUAAAGAGGAACAAACCCCAACAUCUUUCUGCUCCUCCUUGCUUCACAAGUUGUUCUUUGUUUGAGUGGUGAAAUUAAUGAUCCUGAGCCUUGAUGUUUGCAACAGUGUUUCUAAAGAUUGAGGGGACUCUGGAUUCUUGUGUGUGUGCAUGCAUGUACAUGCGCAGUAACUUUCUGCUUUUGAUGGUUGUUCUGUUCUCCACAAGCACUCUCCACAUGCUUGCCGAGGCUGGUGAGAGAAGCGUUUGUGUCAUCAAGCGGCAGGCAUAGGCGCUGCUGAUAUGCAGCCUUUACUCUACCGGGGAAAUUCCCAGCUCCCUCCCUCCUACUCUUUGUUGCUAUGGAGUGGAUGUUCAGAAUGUGGCAAGUCCUGGAUGACACAAUCAGCUGGGAUGUUCUUGGGAGAGGUUUUCCUCUUCCUUCCCUAUUUUUUAGAAGACAGAAUUCCAAGCUGCAACAAUUUCAUGUAAUAAAAGUUUUUCACCAAA